UACCGCUUUUGGCGCGCAUUUGCUUUGACAGCUAGGUUAAAAACUCAAGAAAUAAACACUCAAACAAAUGUUUAGUGAUGGAGCACGUGAACAUGAAAGAUAUGACUGUGGAGAACUACCCUUUAUUACAGAAGAAACCGACCAAGCGGAAGUACUGCGGAACAACAGGGGGGUUGGAAGACCCUCUGAAGGAGGAUGAAUUUGGAAAUAAAAAAAUUCAAAAUUCAGAUCUUCACAACUUCAGAAUUGACCAGAGGAAUGGUGGCACAAUACUUGCUCCAAACAUACUAGGAUCCAAAAUAGCUGGUCCUGUUACCAUGAACAUACAAGUGCCACAGGUGCCUCACUCUACUACCUCAAUAAACAAAAAUGACAUUCUUCAGAGGACAAAGAAUAAGAUGAAAUCAAGAAUGAUGAAGGAUUCGGAGAGGAUUUUGGAGGGAAGCGCACAACAGUCAGUCACGCUAAAUAAGAUCUACACACAACUGUUUAUCAUCAAUGACGACUCGGACCCCAUCAAUAAAGAACAUGAGAUCUGGCAGAUUCAGACGAAUGAUAUAAACACAUCAGCGCAGACAGUUAUAAACUACAAUGAAAUUCUUAAACCACCAGUGGAUGAAAAUCGAACCAUGAAGAUUGCUUUAACAAAAGGAAUUGCUGGAAUUGGAAAAACGGUCACGGUGCAGAAGUUUGUCCAUGACUGGGCAAGCGGAGAAGCCAAUCAGGAUCUAGAGCUUGUUUUUCUGCUCCCGUUCCGAGAGCUGAACCUGCAUGAGGGAGACAACCAGAGUCUUUUUGACCUGCUUUGUGUCUUUUACCCAGAGUUAACCAAAGAGGCGAGGCACAUCUCUGACUGGAUCUUUGAUAGAAAAGUUCUGUUCAUCUUAGAUGGUCUGGAUGAAUAUAAAAAUGAUUUGAAAUUUGAAGCCAAAGACAUUUUGUCAGAUGUUACUGAAAAAACCACACUGGAUGUCCUUCUAGUAAACCUUCUCCGAGGAAAACUGCUUCCAUCCGCACACCUGUGGAUCACCAGCCGGCCUGUGGCUGCUGGACAGCUUCCAUCUGAGAUCUUCAGACAGGGAUACGUCACACAGAUCAGAGGAUUCACAGAUGAACAAAAGGAGGAGUACUUCACGAGGCAGUUUAAGGAUCCAGAUCUAACCCAAAAAGUUAUCCGUCACCUGAAGUCUCAUAAGAGCCUGUGGAUAUUGUGCCACAUACCUCUCUUUUGUUGGAUUUCAUCGGUUGUUCUCAAAAACAUAAUUAAAAGUCAAAAUAAAGAUAGGGACAUGCCCUCAAAUCAGACAGAAAUGUAUAUCCACUAUCUGCUCAAUCAGACUACGUUAAGCCACAACAAAUAUCAACGGAAAGAACUUCCACAUGAAGAUGCUCUCAUACAGCACAAGGAACUGAUUAAGAAACUGGCAAAGCUGGCUUACUGGAAGCUGAAGGAACGGAAUACAGUCUUCAGUAAAGAAGACUUGAGGAAAUAUUAUAUCACUCCUGAUGAUGCUCUUCGAUAUCCUGGCAUCAUCACCUGUGUCUCUGAGUGCAAAGCUGGAUAUAACAGGACUAAACUUUACAGCUUUGUCCAUCUCAGUGUUCAGGAAUUCUUUGCAGCCUUGUUUGUUUUUCAUGAAUUUCUAUCAGGAAAUCAAGACUCCCUGGAAUUAAUAAAAACUAAAAAGGGGCAAAAGUCUCAUUUGUCUGAUUUUCUCAAAGGCGUGAUUGAUGUGGCCAUGCAAAGCAAAAAUGAACACUUGGAUCUUUUUAACUGUUUUCUCUUCGGAAUUUCUUGUGAUUCCAGCAGACAAACACUUGAAGGAUUCCUGCCUCCAUUGCAAGACAGUAGUUCAGAGAACCACAAAAAAGUGACAAAGUACAUUAGGUCUUUGAGGAGGAAAGAUCUGUCCCCUGAGAGAUGCUUCAGUCUUGUUCGUUGCCUCGUGGAGCUCAAAGACAUGUCUUUUUUGCAGAUGCAAAAUCUCGAACGUUCACGGACCAAAAAGCCCCUCACACUGUUCCAGUGCACAUUUCUGGCUUUCCAGUUUGUGAUGUCAGAUACAGACCAUGAAGAGUUUGUCCUCAGGAAAUACAACAUGACUUUAGAAGGAUUUCAGAGAUUCUCUCCAGCCAUCAAGUGCUUCAGAAAGGCUCAACUCAAAGGAAGCGGCUUUACAGAGAAACACUGUGAUGUCCUGGUGUCUUUCCUGACUUCGCCAAACUCUCACCUGGCUCAUCUUGAUCUGAGCCACAAUAGUCUGGGACCGUCUGCACUGGAGCAAAUUUCUAGGGCCCUCUGUGAUCCCAACUGCCAGAUUCAGAAGCUGAACCUCAGCCACAAUGACCUCCAUAGUAAGGACAUGGAGCUGAUCAAGAAUGUGCUUUCAGGAUCAAAUGUGAAUCUAAAAAUCCUGGACCUCAGCGACAAUCAUGUAGAAGAUCUAGGAGUUGAAAUUCUUUCAGCUGGGCUGCGGAGAGCCAAGUGUCAUCUUGAGGUUCUGAAACUAUCAGGCUGUCAAAUUAAACAAGGAGUUUCUAAGUUGCUGUCAUCUUUGAAAGCCAAUUCCUCUUUGAGAGAGCUGGACCUGCAGUAUAAUGACCUUGGAAACAUGGAACAGAAAGUUCGUCUUCUGAAGGCUAAGCUGCCCUCACUGAGAAUUUCCAUUGGAGGAGACUGCCAAGACCAAUCAGGACUGUACAAAUAUGCUAUCGCGCUCACAUUUGACCCUCAGACAGCUAAUGAAUACCUCUAUCUGAGUGAGAACAACACAGUAGCUGUUCGUAAGGGGGAGAAACAACAGCUUCCUGCUAAUGAUGAAAGAUUUGACAAGUGCAACCAGGUCCUGUGCUGCCAGCCGCUGUCAGGACGCUGCUUCUUUACGGUGGACGUGAUUGGGACAGGUGUGCACAUGGGCGUGGCCUGUAAGGAAAUCAAGAGGAAGGGUAAAAGUGACGCAGUACAUCUGGGACGCAACAAGAUGUCGUGGAGUUUAUGUUGCUCAAAAAAUGUAUGUGUAGCUCAUAACAAAAAAACUGAAUCAUUAACUAAACCACUUCAAACAGAGUCCACUAGAAAGCUCGGUGUGUUCGUGGACCAGAAGGCUCGUUCUGUUCUCUUCUAUAGGUUGAGCCCAGAGCCUGAACUCUUGUACAUGUUUGAUGCAGAUUUUCCUGAGGACCAGAAACUUUAUGCUGCGUUCAGUAUUCAGAAACCAGACAGCUCAGUCUGUUUAAGGCAAGCAUCACUAUAAUUAUACGUACAGAAUGUCAGUUAUUGUUUGUGCUUCAGAAAUGAACAAUGCCUCAAAUCAGAAGUGCACUGUUAAUUUAUACUGUUUAAGUGAUAUUCAACAACUUUUUUCAGUUAAAAUGUCUUUAGUUGUGUAUAUCUCAGAGUGGCUGGUUUUUAUUGGAUUUACUGGAUUUAUUGGAUCUAAUGCACUUUCUAUGUAUUGGACUGAUUAUUUAAAUCUGUUUUAAUAUACUGUUAUCAGUCUACCCUCACUUAAAGGGAUAUUUCACCCAAAAAUGAAACUUCGGCCAUCAUUCGUUCACCCUUAUGUCGUUCCAAACCUGUGUAAGGCUGGUUUUCCUGCUAAAGCCCAAAAUUUACUUUAACAAUCUGCUUUUCGCAAUGGUCCGCACACUGUCCGUGUGACGUAUUUUCGAGGAGGGUCUGCGGAAAUUGGAAUCAGUUUAAAUACGAAGCUGGUGUCAAAAUUAAACUAAAUUAUUACAAAUUAAGUGAACUUUAUAGAAGCACAAGUAAAAGACCUACACACAUUAUACUUUCACCCAUGCCGCUGGAUUCUGUCAUUGGGCCAAUGGGUGGUCCUUACACCUGUAUGUCUGUCUUUCUUCUGUGGAACACAAAAGAUAAUCGCGAGCCAUUCAAAGAUACUCCUUUGCCCAUGAGCGCGCGAGCCUUUUAAAGAUACUCCUUUGCCCCCUGAGCAUGCAAGCCUUUCAAAGGUACUCCUUUGCCCCCUGAGCAUGCAAGCCUUUCAAAGAUACUCCUUUGCCCCCUGACCGUGCGAGCCAUUCAAAUAUACUCCUUUGCCCAUGAGUGCGCGGGCCUUUCAAUGAUACUCCUUUGCCCCCUGAGCGUGCAAGCCUUUCAAAGAUACUCCUUUGCCCCCUGAGCGCGCGAGCCAUUCAAAGAUACUCCUUUGCCCCCUGAGCGCGCGAGCCUUUCAGAGAUACUCCUUUGCCCCCUGAGCGUGCGAGCCAUUCAGAGAUACUCCUUUGCCCCCUGAGCAUGCAAGCCUUUCAAAGAUACUCCUUUGCCCCCUGACCGUGCGAGCCAUUCAAAUAUACUCCUUUGCCCAUGAGUGCGCGGGCCUUUCAAUGAUACUCCUUUGCCCCCUGAGCGUGCAAGCCUUUCAAAGAUACUCCUUUGCCCCCUGAGCGCGCGAGCCAUUCAAAGAUACUCCUUUGCCCCCUGAGCGCGCGAGCCUUUCAGAGAUACUCCUUUGCCCCCUGAGCGUGCGAGCCAUUCAGAGAUACUCCUUUGCCCCCUGAGCAUGCAAGCCUUUCAAAGAUACUCCUUUGCCCCCUGAGCAUGCAAGCCUUUCAAAGAUACUCCUUUGCCCCCUGAGCAUGCAAGCCUUUCAAAGAUACUCCUUUGCCUCCUGAGCAUGCAAGCCUUUCAAAGAUACUCCUUUGCCCCCUGAGCAUGCAAGCCUUUCAAAGAUACUCCUUUGCCCCCUGACCGUGCGAGCCAUUCAAAUAUACUCCUUUGCCCAUGAGUGCGCGGGCCUUUCAAUGAUACUCCUUUGCCCCCUGAGCGUGCGAGCCUUUCAAAGAUACUCCUUUGCCCCCUGAGCGCGCGAGCCAUUCAAAGAUACUCCUUUGCCCCCUGAGCGUGCGAGCCAUUCAGAGAUACUCCUUUGCCCCCUGAGCGUGCGAGCCUUUCAAAGAUACUCCUUUGCCCCCUGAGCGCGCGAGCCUUUCAGAGAUACUCCUUUGCCCCCUGAGCGCGCGAGCCUUUCAAAGAUACUCCUUUGCCCAUGAGCGCGCGGGCCUUUCAAUGAUACUCCUUUGCCCCCUGAGCGUGCGAGCCUUUCAAAGAUACUCCUUUGCCCCCUGAGCGCGCGAGCCAUUCAAAGAUACUCCUUUGCCCCCUGAGCGUGCGAGCCAUUCAAAGAUACUCCUUUGCCCCCUGAGCGUGCGAGCCAUUCAAAGAUACUCCUUUGCCCCCUGAGCGCGCGAGCCUUUCAGAGAUACUCCUUUGCCCCCUGAGCGCGCGAGCCUUUCAAAGAUACUCCUUUGCCCAUGAGCGCGCGGGCCUUUCAAUGAUACUCCUUUGCCCCCUGAGCGUGCGAGCCUUUCAAAGAUACUCCUUUGCCCCCUGAGCGUGCGAGCCAUUCAAAGAUACUCCUUUGGUCCUUACACCUGUCUUUCUUUCUUCUGUGGAACACAAAAGAUACUUUAAGAAAUGGUUUAUUUUGUUUAUAUUUCGGAGUCCAAUGUUUUUUUUGGCUCCCAGCGUUCUUCAAAGAAUCUUCUUUUAUGUUCCAUAGUUGAAAGACACAUGUUUGGAAUGAGCUGAGGAGCAAAUGAUGAUGAACAAAAACUUUAUUUUUGGGUGAACUUUCCCUUUAAGACUAAUACUAAUGUGAGGGGAAAGAAGGUCCUGCUCUGUGUAAUUAAAAACAAUAGCUUUAAUUUUCUGGUAGCCAAGAAAGACGUAAUACAGAAAUUAAAGCAAUCAAAUGUAAUAUAAAACACUGCAUAGUCUUCACUCUAUAAAUGAGUGUGGUAGAUUUUCCCCUACGCACCUAACCGGGUGUCCCAGACACCUAUGAAUUUAUACUCUACUAAGCUUACUUCAAUACCUGUUUGAGUCUGUCGAUGUCUUGACCCUUUUUGAUCACUUGAGAAUAAGAUCUUUAGUGCUCCACUAAACACUAUCACUUGAGUAUGGAAGUAAGAUUCUCUAGUGUCUAGUCUGCUGCGCAGCCAAAAAACCAAACAGACUCUAGACUAUGCCUUAGAAUAUGUUUUAAUCAUGGCUGGAGGACCUCAUAUCAAUCACAGACAAUCCCACCAGUAAAAAGAAUACAACAGCUUAUAUAGGAUAAGAGCAUGGCAAAGCAUUCUACAAUAUGAUUGGUUCUUCUUAUGUCAAACCCUUCUACUAGGUAAAGGAAGAUCUGCCCAAAUCAUGUGUUUAUUAGUUUGUUGGUUACUCAAUAUCAUGGUGCUAUUACUUAAAUAGUUGUCUAAUUGUCCUUAAGUUUCAUUUUCCCUUUUGUUAUAUUCAGAUAUGAUUCAGACACACACUGACUUUGGCCCAAGGUUUGGGGACAUUUAGGUUUCAAAAGAAUAUAAAUGUUAUUCCUGCAAGAAAAAGAAAUGUUAGUUACAUAUGAUUAAUGAAAAUUCCAUCACAAAUGUAAUAAACAUACAUUAUUAAAUCUACUAAAGUGAUUCAGUCAAGAACAAUAAGUGAUUUUUCUCUUUUUCAUUUGUUGUUUAACAUUAAAGUUGAGAUGAAACAGAAGUAGCAUCAGAAUGAAAUGGGUUAUUAAAAAAAAAGUAGGACGGGCACUCGGUUCUAUAUAUUGUAUGUGCAAGACAGUGAACACUAGGCAAAAAUAAUCUUAAUCAAAAAGUUUACAUUCUCACCACAGCUCCUUUCUGAUUGGGCAAACUGACAGUGUUACAACUAACCCUGUGUUACAACACUCCCUGAUCUCCCCUAAUUAUUUUUCAUGGUCUAUUUUUCUUCACCCACCGAAGUGCCCACAAAUAUUCCCAUAAGCCAUGUAGUGACGACUGACAUUAUUUGAUACUCACUUUCCAUUUUUAUCUGUAACUGCAGAAUACGUAUUCCUUUCACAGCAGUGUUCAGAUUCUUGGAGCAAUCCACCGCGAGACCAAAUCAAAGGUAGAUUUUUAAAAAUGCACCAUAUUCUGUUCCCAACAAAAAACAAACUUCUACAAAGCAACAUAUCAAAUAUAAACAAAGGCCUGUUUACACCAAAGACAAUAACUAUAACUAUAUUAGCAUCCACACCAACAGAUGAGAACAGUCUGUUUAUUCUAAACACCACUUUAAAUGCUCAAACUGUUUAAAGUCAUGUAGUUUUUGAUUGUCAGUGUUUUUAUCAUUCAUCAGCUGGAAAAAAAAUAAUAAUUCUGAAAGUGAUUCCAAUGAUAUUGUCUUUGUGUCGUUAUUAUUAUAGUUGUGAUGUGUGAUUCUCUUAGAAUUAAAACAGUUAUUAAACCUU